AACUAAGGCCGCCUGUGCGGUUGCGUUGCAUCUACUUACGCUUCAUUUUCAGCUUCAACCUAUUUGGUUGUUAUUUUUAACCGAUAAUGGCAUUACUCGUCUUAAUCAUAGCUAUUAUCUUGUUUGCUAAUUACGAGGGUACGAAAGGAAUUGCUUUAUCACAUCAGGAUAUACCUGAAUUUAUUGGUUUGAUAAGCCGUGACAUUGAAACGAUCCCAAGUCCAUUAGCUUUUGGGCAUAAAUACAUGACAGGUGGAGCUGGUGAAGGUUCGCAACUUCUGCGGCCUGAUUCAGAUUUUGAAGAGCGAGAAAAGGUUAAAAGUGACAAUAUAUUGCCAUCCUAUUGUGAACCACCAAAUCCAUGCCCGUUAGGUUAUACAGCAGCGGAUGGUUGUUUGGAAGAAUUUGAAAAUAGCGCUGAAUUUUCACGAAAUUAUCAAGCCAGACAGACAUGCAUUUGUGAUCAAGAACAUAUGUUCAAUUGUCCAGAUAAAAGAACGGAUGAUGAUUUGGAAGAAAGUUUACAAAAUAUCCUUAACGAUCAAGGAUUGCACAAAACUCUCAUUGCCAAAAAAUUUCAUGAAAAACGAUCACAAGCAAUGGAGCCUCGUCGAAAGCGCUCCAUUCAAAGAAUGCCAAUAAAACUUUCACAAAAUCAGCAAAAUCCAUACUUCAAAGGUGAAAUCCUAAAAUCGGUAAUUAAAAAGGAUGGUCGAAAUAUAUGGCAUUGAUCAAUUAGCCAGAAUGUAAAAAUAGUCAAAAGCAUUGAUUAUUUCAAUUGUUUAACAGUUUUUGAUUGCUGAUUACUAGAAAAGCAACCCUGUGAUCCUUUCCGUCAAGCUAUCUAUUUCAAAAUGAUUUUUUUUUUUUUGUAAUCCUAAUAAAUUUUAUCCUAUUCUCCUAGUUUAACAUUUGCUAUGUUUACACAAAGCACAA